GGCGCGUGGAAUGGGCGCGGGAUGUGGCCGCGGCUGGCCGAGGGCAGGCCUGGCGCGGCCCCUCUCCAGCCUGGACUUGGGGCGAGAAGGGAAGUCCCUCUCCCGCGCAGCCCCACCCUCCGCAGCCCCGGCCCGCCGGGGGCUCCCGGGGGCGGCGGCGGGACUCACGGCCUUGAGCUGCUCCAGCCGGUCCUUCAUCCUGGUGCCCGGGCGCCCGAGGCAGGUGAGCGCGUCCGGGGUGCCGCGUCCCAGGAGAGCUGCCGGAAGUGGCGGCCGGGCCGGGCCGGGCCGGGCCGGGAGCGGGAGGCGGAGGUGGGCGGCGGCGGCGGCGGCCGGCAAGGAGGAGCGUCCGAGGCUACGGGAGGCUCGGCCGCGCCGCCCCCUCCGGCCCCGCCGGCGCCGCGCGCUCCAGAUCCGGCUCCCGGCCAGCGCGGCUCCCAGCGCCGGUGCGCCCGCCGGCCCGCCCCUUACCUGGGCCGCGCCCGCGCUCCUCCCUCCUUAAAGGGGCCGUGCCCGGCCGCUGCCCAGCCUUCCGUAGGCUCCCCCAGCUCCACCUGCUCCUCCUGCUCCGGCUCCUCGUCCCCGCGCCCUGGGGAGCGGAGAAGCCCAGGAAGAGGACCGUGCGCGCGGGUACGUCCCGCCGCCGCAGGGCGGAGGAAGAGCGAGUAGGUCUGUUGGACCCAAAUUCCAUUCGAUUCCAUUCGCUACCUGUGCCACGUUUUGUCUUAGGAUCCGGCCCUCAAGACUUUCAUUGCGGGGCGGGGACAGAGUAUCGUAGACAAAGAACUCUGACCCAGUAUGGUUUCUGCUAUAAUGGGUGGGAAAGGGACAUUCUAAUCACGUAAGUUGAACAGCUGAUAGAAGAUCUGUUUUUGAAAGAUGCUAUAUACUAACUAUGUAACAAGAAAUUUGAUUUCCUCAAACUCAGAUACAGAACACAGACUUGUGGUUGGGGAAAAGGAGCAAAAUGGGUAAAAGUGAUCAAGGGGUACAAACUUUUAGUUAUUAGAUAAGUUAGUUCUGGGGAUGUAAUGUAUAGCAUGGUAACUAUAGUUAUUAAUACUAUACUGUAUAUUUGAAAAAUGCUAAGAGAACAAGUUUUCAUCAUAAGAAAAGUAUUUUAACUAGGUGAGGUGAUGGGUGUUAACUAAAUUUGUGGUAACCAUUUUGCAAUGUAUGUACUAGUAUAUAUCAAACCAUUGUUACAUGCUUUAAAUGAAUAUGUCAAUUAUUGCUCCAUAAAAUUGAGGGGACGGGACUUGGUUUCCUAUGAAAGGAAGUAAGUACUUUCCAUGAAGUAAGAAGAAAAAAAAAAGACCUUUUGGUUAGCUUGUGUGGUCAUACAGAGAUAACUAUAUGAUUCCUUACUUCUUAAAACACUAAAAACUGUGUUAAAAGAGUCCUCUUAGCAGCAAGUGGAGUCCAGGAACUCAGGAAGGGAAACAUCAGAGUUCUUUUAUUAUCACACGAGGGGCCCAGUGCAUGAAUUUGUGCACCUUAAAAGUAACUAUAGGCUGCAAGGCUGUGGUGGGCACAGGGACGGGGUCUCGGCCCAUCCUCCAUGCCCCUGCCUAGCUCCUCC